AUUCACCACAUUGGUCCAGAGUUAAAUAUCGGGAAAGGUAUUCAUGGUCUCCUGAGGAUGAACCCUAUUGACUCUGAUGAUCCUUCUCAUCUAGUACCACCAGCAGUCAUCACAGCGCAGAUGCACAGCGACAGAGAAAUGGCCAUACCCCGGAUGUUUAAUUCCAACACAUCGUUCAUCAUCGUGAGUGAAGGAUCUGAACUCUCAUUUCUUGGCAAAGAGGACAAAAGCCAAGGGUGUGAAGAGGAGAAGGACUCGCUGGUCCAAGCCAUCGCCCCUCAUCUGAGCCGGGUGCUGCAGCACGGCACUGCCAAACAUGUGGUCACUGAGGAGGGGCGUGAAGAGGCUGAGGACAACCCCUGUGUCUCCAUAGUCGCACAGGCAGAGAGAGAAGACUUUCAGGAGUUCAGCCCGACCAACACACAGUGCCCUUACUCAAGAUCUCAGCUGCUUAAAAAGCACAGGUCUCUCAGCAUCGACACUGCCCUCCUGAGUGACACGGAGAACGAGGACUUUGAUGCCAAACUCCCGCAGCACCACCUGCAGAGGAAGCAACGCAGGAAAACCAGAACACAGUGUCAGGAGGCCGGGGGAGAACCUCCAAUCAUCCGGGGACUCUGGGUGCAGGAGAUUGAUUGGCUGAAAUUGGCAAGCAGAGAGAUGACAUCAUUAUCAUCAGCUGAGAUCAUACCGCCUCCUCCUCAGUUUACUGACUGCAGCUAUGGAGGCUCUGAAGGCUGUGCAGAUGUGUGUGUCAGAGGAUUAGAGGAUGCGUCACUAUCAGGGGACAGAUCUGUAGAUACAGACGACACCUCCAGCACUGACGACAGAGCGGGCUCAGACUCUGAAUCUAUUUACACUCACGAAAGCGAGUCAGACUCAUCCUGCGCUGCAGAGGACAGCACAGAUAGUUUUGGUGUUGAAGCCAGAAUGUCAAAUUUGAUCUUUGACCUGAUGCAAGUGUCCGAUUUUAACUCCUCCUCUCAUGCAGAGUGGAAUUUUGAUUCUACAGAAUGCGUGCAAAGUCUGCUGGGAGUUUCAGACUGCACCCAACCUGUGAAUACAUCUCAGUGUGCCUUUGGUUUUGAUGACGCAAAUGAUAUUGACACAGUUUUGGACGGCCUAAGAGGCAGAGUGACACGGCUGCCAAAACUCUUUGUUUCGCCUUUCUUCAGAGAUUUGAUAAAACAGACUCUGAACGACAGGAAGACCAGCACACCUGUCAAUGAAGGACUCAUAUUUCAUCAUCUACUUCAGCCCGACAGCUCUCAGUACAGGGAGGGAGAGGAGUACUGCGUACUCCACCACAUACAGAACGGCUCAUACGGGGAUGUAUUCUGUGUGCGGGACAAAAAGACUGGAUUCCAAUGUGCUGCCAAGAGGAUUCCACUGAGUCACUUCAGCGGCGAGGAGGUGAGCACGUGGAGCGGUCUCAACUCUCCUCGUGUCGUGGAGCUCUUUGGGGCUGUGAGGGAGGGCCUCAGCAUCGUGCUCUUCAUGGACUUGAAGCCAGCAUGUUUGGCCCAGCUUCUAAAAGAGAUGAAGUCCCUCCCUGAGGAUUUGGCCCUGCACUACCUUCAUCAGUCACUGGGGGCACUAGAGCACCUGCACCACAGAAAGGUUCUUCACCUGGAUGUCAAAGUUGACAAUGUGCUGCUGUCUGCGGACUGCAGAGACACAUUCCUCUGUGACUUUGGUCUCUCAGAAACAUUAGAUGACAAUGGAUGGAGCACCAACGCAUUCAGGGUAGCUGCCUUCCCAGGAACAGAGACCCACAUGGCCCCCGAGGUGGCACGAGGGGAUCAACUGUGUGCCAAGGCGGAUGUGUGGAGCAGUUGUUGUAUGCUGCUGCACAUGCUCAAUGGAUGCCACCCCUGGAUACGUUACUACUCCCAUCCACUGUGUCUCCAGAUUGUCAACGAGCCUCCGCCUCUGUGGGAGGUGCCGUCCAACUGCAACAACUUCACGGCUAAAGUGUUCAGGGCUGGACUGCAGAAAGACUCUGACAGACGAGCAUCGGCAAAGGAGCUCCGGAGGAAAACCACCAAGGCCCUCAGAGCAGUUGGAGGUUUGAGUCCCUGGUCUGUCAAAAGUGCCUGUGAUAAGCUGUAUCAUAGCAAAGGCCAGACUGAAGACACCCCCUGCUCUUUGUCUCCUGGGAUCAACCUAACUAAAGCAUUAGACACGAUGUACUGGGUGAGCCCCUGGAGGACUACAGCAGUGGACGAGGACAGCAAUGACUGGAGAGGCGGUGACUCAGAUCAAUACUCUGAAGUGGAGACAGAUUCCUUAACCAGGGAAUGGGAGUGCCAGCCGAAACCUCUGCAGGAUGAUUACACUGAAGAUGGGAAAGACUGGGACACCUGUUCUGAUUCAGAGGUCGAUAUAUACAUGGCAGAGGAGGAACGUGUUCAGGAAAAGUGGCUGAAAAAUGACAGGGACUAUGAGGGGGAUUGGGAAGAGGAAGAAGAUGAAGAGGAGGAGGAGGAUGAGUGGGACUCCACCAUGACUAAAGAGUAUCUUCGUGCUCUCCGAGGCAUUUUCCCUUUGCUGCAAAAAGGCCAACAGACAAAUGAAAAUUCAUGCGGAUCAGAACCAGAGCUGGAAUACCUCCGAGACGACGUAGCUAUCGGCACCACAGUCCAGACACCGUCCCCUGAACCUCGAGAUGACCCUCCGUCCUGUUUCAGCUGCUCGGACACAUCACAGAUAAAUGCCUCAGACAAGGACUCUGACCAUUCAUCUGAUGAUCUGAGCUCUGGAGUCUUUUCCUCCUGCAACAGUCAGACGGACGGACACUUGGAGUGGUUGGCCUCAGCCAGUCCGCCCUCCUCGCACUGCUUCGAAGGUGUUGACAUCUGGAUUGAGAACGUGCAGGGCGAGUGUCUGAGGAUCCGUGAGCGUCGGCAGGUCAAAGUGGGACAUGUUGCCAUAGGGAUUAGUGAUCAGAUCUCAGGGACAGCCUUCACGUUGGAGACCCUGGACAGGAAGAUGGUGUCCUUUGAACAAGAGAUCAGAGAGUCGUGUCUGUGGCUGCGCUGUGUUCCUGCUCCUGACAGAUGUCAGCGUUGGAGGUGGAGAGUCAGCGACGGCAAGCUGGAACUUCGAGAAUGAGGCGGACAUUUUUGUUAUUUUUUGGUUGUUGUUUGCCUUAAUUUAUUAAUUGAUUGUUCUAAAGACUUCAGGAUGUAACCAUGUAUCAUUUUCCUGGGUAAAGUAGGAUAGCUGGUGCUUAUUGGUAGGAAUUUGAGAUUUGUGAAAUUCAUCAAUAAGAUGUGAUUUUAAAGCUGAUUUUCUAUUUUUAAAGAGGAAUUUUUAAAUAUUUUGUGUCUUGCCCUAUAUAUAGUUAGGGACUAAAUAAAUGUGUCUUUUACUAUACUUCUUUGUUUCCUCUGUGAUAUGGAAACUAGAGUUUGUCAUGUUUCUUUGUGCCUUUUAAAUGCCGUUUUAAAAUGAGUGAAGCUGCUUAAAACAAUGAAUAACUGUCAUAAUACAAUAUGAGCCCUCAAGACAUUAAUACUUGAACGUUAUUGACAUUUUAUAUCUUAAUAAAAAAUGACCUCCGAGGCAAAGAAGCUGCUCUCUUCUGCCACCGCUGCUUGUUUUCCAAUCAUUGCCUCCUUCAUUCAUUGUGUGCUCCAGCUUCAGUCCACGUGGGAGGAGAGCAGUUAUACAUUCAACACACACAAGCUGAUGUAAUGUUUUCUCAGGAUAUCUUAGACUUAGACCAUUGGCAACAUUUACAACCCUAAUAAAUCAACUAGCACAAAGAAAGUUCAUGUGACUGCAUCACGUGUGAAACAGGAUUUCACACGUGAUCAGAUCACAUGAUUCAGACUCGUUGUUUUUCAGACAAUUCCUCUAAAUUCUCAUUACGUAGGAAUAUGUGAAGGUUUUUGGACAUU